GUCUUGUAACGUCAAGCGUGCCAACUGUCGUGAAAGCACAUUGACUCAGAAAUAAGGGAGAAGGACGCUAAUAAUUCAGUGUUAUUAUUUGUUCUUCAGUUUGUAAAAAUGUAUAUCGUAUAAAAUACAUAUUUGAGUCUCUAUUUCAGGAAGAAAAAAACGUCUCGGUGAGUGAGACGCUUAUCGUGGUCGCUAGUUUAGCUAGCUAGCUUAGCUUGUUAGCUGCUAACAAAGAGACGCGGACGUUAUCAACACAUCGCUAAGUAGAGAUCAAAUGUGGGUGUAAAGUGUUGUGAUUGUGUGAAAAUGUGCGAAAGAACGAUAGCAAAGUAUGAGGAGGAGCUUUAUCUAACAAAAGAGGAGAAGGAGCGACAACAUCAACUACUGGACGCUGUUUUCAAGAAACAUCAAGUUGUGUUACACAGAACAGACGUCCAGCAGCCCCCUCACAUUAAAGAGGAAGAGGAUGAUCCACAGCCCCCUCACAUUAAAGAGGAAGAGGAGGAAGUGUGGAUCACUCAGGAGGGAGAGUGUCUUCUAGGGCAGGAGGAGGAUGAUCUCACCAAGUUUCCACUGACUGUUGUCUCUGUGAAGACUGAAGAGCAUGAAGACAAACCACCUGAGUCCUCACAGCUUCAUCACAGUCCAACGGAGAGUCAUGAAGAGGAGUGGCACACCAGUGUGGGACAGAAGGAGCUCCAGGCCCCCUCCCACAUUAAAGAGGAGCAGCUUCAUGAUGAAGAUGAAGCUCAGUCCUUACAGCUUCAUCACAUUCAAAGUGAGGAGAACAGAGGGGCGGAGCUUGUAAGUCAACACAUAACAGAAGCUGAUGGAGAGCAUUGUGAAGAUAUAAAGUCAGAACCAGACAGCAUCUUUGCUCCACUGUCAGACAUGGACCACAUGAUGUCAGACUCUUCUGAUCACAGUGACCACAUCCAAAAACCUUUGAAGAGUAAAAAGGACUCUAAAAGUGAUACGAGACAUCACACUAACAACAAACACUUUGACUGCUCUGAAUGUGAGAAAUCAUUUAGACGGAAGAGUCAUUUUACAGUUCACAUGAAAAUACAUACUGGAGAGAAACCUUUUACCUGCUCUGUUUGUAAGAAGAGUUUCUCCACAAAACAUUACAUGACCACACACAUGAGAACACACACUGGAGAGAAACCCUUUACUUGCUCCGUUUGUAAGAAGAGUUUCUCCAGAAAGCGUAACAUUACCACACACAUGAGAUUACACACUGGAGAGAAACCUUUUACUUGCUCCGUUUGUAAGAAGAGUUUCUCCAAAAAGGGUGACAUGACCACUCACAUGAGAACACACACUGGAGAGAAACCUUUUGCUUGCUCAGCUUGUGCUAAAAGAUUCAACACAAAGAAUGACAUGACCACACACAUGAGAACACACACAGGUGAGAAACCUUUUACUUGCUGUGUUUGUAAGAAGAGUUUCUCCAGAAAGGAACGCAUGACCACACACAUGAGAACACACACUGGAGAGAAACCUUUUGCUUGCUCAGCUUGUGCUAAAAGAUUCAACACUAAGCAGGAAAUGAUAUUGCACAUGAGAACACACACAGGUGAGAAACCUUUUACUUGCCCUGUUUGUAAGAAUAGUUUCUCCAGAAAGCAAAGCAUGAUCAGACACAUGAGAACACACACUUGAGAGAAAUCUUUUGCUUGCUCAGCUUGUGCUAAACGAUUCAACACUAAGAAGGAAAUUAUAUUGCACGUGAGAACACACACAGGUGAGAAAACUUUUACUUGCUCUGUUUGUAAGAAGAGUUUCUCCACAAAGCAAACAUGACCGCACACAUGAGAACACACAAUGGAGAGAAACUGUUUAGUUGCACUGUGUGUGAUAAGAUGUUCAGGUUUAAGAAUUAGGUCAGUGAACACAAGUGUGUAACAGUCAUGGAAGCUGCAGGGAUUUAAAAACACUUAAACAGUGAUUGUGCUAAAUGAUACUUUAAAAACACAGCAUGUUUAAUAUGAAUGUAUAUUUGAUGUUGUAUGGAGUGCUUCUCAUCUUCUAGUCUUAUAUGUUGUCCUGUAGUUACUUUUUAAGUUGUGUGCAUGUAUUGAAUAUUAUAUAUGUAGCUACUAUUUUAUUUUAUUUUUUCGUUGUUUAAAGAGAGGGCAUCUUAUUUAAUUUUUUUUGUGUGUGUGUUAUAAAAUCACACAUUUUUUCAAUUGCAUUUUAUUGAUGUUAUUAUCCAAUUAAAAGUAUGAAUGAAUAAAAUGGUUAACAAAAUGUGGACUCUGGUAGAUUAGCAGCAUUGUUACAUCAUGGAUGUUAACUACUGCAAAACAUCAACAAAGAAGAAAAAGGCUGAAGUUAGCAACACAUCACUGAACUUUAAAGCCAUCGUAAGUGGAGUUGGUUGUUUUUAUUGCUGCAUUUGUACUUUUUUCAC